AUGCUAUAAGUAUUAAUAUCAUUAAGAGAGAAGAAGGAGAGCUUAAAGAAAUAAAAGAUUGCUUUAGAGGAAGAGUUGAACUAAUUGUUAAACUAUUUAGAAUAGGGUUCAAAGAAACUCAGUGAUGCUUAUAAUGUAAAAUGCUAGAGCACAGAAUUUGAGAUAAAGAAGAAAGAAAUACAAAAGCAAAUGGAAAAGGAGAGUUUAGAAAUAGUAAAGAAUUAGCAAUAUUGCAUUGAUUAAUAACGAAUCUAUAAAGAGAGAGCUGAUUGGAUAGAUAAAUUUAAUGAUAAAUUAAAGGAAGACUUUAAGUCAUGUUAAAAAAAAGAGGAAACAAUAUAGAUUAGAAGCACAGUGGCAAAAGGAAUAAAAAGGUUAUUUCUAUUGUAAUUAUGUACAAUUUUUUUUGACAAAGAAAACUAGAGACUCUUGUGGGGAUUACACAAGAUCAAAUUACUGAAUGAUGUUUAAUAAAAUAUGUCAAGCUAAGAUGAGGACCACUUGGCUACUUCUUUGGGUUAUUUAGGAUUACUAUUGCAGUAAAUAGCAAAGAUUAAGGGGUUAACUUUGAAAUAUGAGUUUAAAUUUAAGGGAAGCAAGAGUUAUAUCUAAUCAUAAAAUGAUACUUUGUAUUUAUUUAGUUAAAGACCCUCUAAUUUAAAAAUAUUGAAAUAAAGUUAUGGGUUAUUAAUUCAAAAUCUGUAUGUAAUAAUGGAGGAGUUGAGUGUAUAAAAAUAAUGGAGAAUCUAAUCAUUACCAGCCAUCAUAGGUAAAAUAGGAGAGAUGUUAUGGGUGGAUGCUUGA